GUUCAUAUUUAAUAAGUGGAUCAUUUUCUUCUUAUUUGUGAGAUUUUCAACAGGAGUCUCACACUGACACACAAGACGCGCGUAGGUGGAGUAAGCGCGGGCAUGUGGGUGCGUGUCUGCGUGCGGGAGACUGCGCGCGCACCGUCUCGUGAGGAUCCUCCAUCCCGCAGAUUGUUUCUCCUGUUCGGACUCACCACGCAGCGCGCACACAGGUGAGGGGAAGGGGGAGGGGUUGGUGGGUGAGGAGGAGCCUGACACACACACUCACACACACUCACACACACACUCUCUCACUCACGCAGACACGCGCACGGCGCGGCGGUGAGCGGAGCGCAGUUAUUUGGUGCUGUCGACGCGGAGCAUUUUAAUCCCCGCGUUUCUGUGGUGCGUGAAAACUGAAACCUGCGUGACAUCUCCCCUCCUCUUCAUCCUCCUCUCCGUCCUGGUCCUCAUCGGUACAUGUUCUGGAUCAUGGCAUCAGUGCUGGACGUCGGCUGGGUGGGUUUUUCACGCCACCACAGACGGAAUAUGUCCGGUUGCUGCAGAAGUUAAAGGAGUGAAUUCUUUCUUUGUUUCUCGGCUGGAAUCUUGGAAUGAUCCUGGAAUGAUCCUGGAAUGUUCCUGGAAUGACAGUGGUGAUGCUGGAGCAACAAGCGUGCGGCGGCUCUGCGCAUAGUUUGCGGUGAUAACGCGCUGUUGAACGCGGACUGUUGCGCCUGUUUGCGGGAUUUCGGCGCUCUGACAGUUUGCUUUUCCUAACAGGAAUGAACUUGGCUCUGGGAAUACUCUUACUCUCCUGAGAAGUGUUUCAUCCUUGCGGUGGUUGCGCGUUUUCCCGGUUGGAGAGCGUUGAUCCCUCAGCAGGGGCGGAGGGAGCGGAUCCAGAGCCAUGGGCCGCCAGGCAAGUUGCCCCCCUGAGCUUAAAGCAGCUCUCAUGCUCCGGAUCCUGUGCAUGCUUCCCGCUCUCUUGGAUGUGGCUGGAUCCCAGGAGAUUUAUGCACCGCACUCGAUCCGAGUGGAAGGUGAUGUGACACUGGGAGGGCUGUUCCCGGUGCACGCCAGGGGCGUCCCAGGGACGCCGUGCGGGGACAUCAAGAAGGAGAAUGGCAUCCACCGACUGGAGGCCAUGAUGUACGCGUUGGACCAGAUCAACGGAGACGAGGAGCUACUUCCCAACGUGACGCUGGGCGCUCGGAUCCUGGACACCUGCUCCCGGGACACUUACGCCCUGGAGCAGUCUCUGACCUUUGUGCAGGCGCUGAUCCAGAAGGACACCUCGGAUGUCCGCUGCACAAAUGGGGAGCCGCCGGUUUUUGUGAAGCCAGAAAAAGUUGUGGGAGUGAUUGGAGCGUCUGCCAGCUCUGUGUCCAUCAUGGUGGCCAACAUUCUGCGCCUCUUCCAGAUCCCUCAGAUCAGCUAUGCAUCCACCGCCCCCGAGCUGAGCGACGACCGCCGCUAUGACUUCUUCUCACGAGUUGUUCCUCCAGACAGCUUCCAGGCCCAGGCCAUGGUGGACAUCGUUAAGGCCAUGGGCUGGAACUACGUCUCCACAGUUGCCUCUGAGGGCAGUUACGGGGAGAAGGGGGUGGAGGCUUUCAUGCACCUCUCCAGAGAAGCAGGUGGAAUCUGCAUCGCUCAGUCACUGAAGAUCUCCCACGACCACAAACCUUCUGACUUUGAUAAAAUCAUCCGUCAGCUGCUGGACACCCGCUACGCCAGAGCUGUGGUUCUGUUCGCCUCAGAUGAAGAUAUCAGGGGAAUCCUGAACGCCACGAAGCGAGCGGAUCAGGUCGGUCACUUCCUGUGGAUCGGCUCCGACAGCUGGGGAUCCAAGAACAGUCCCAUCCACCAGCUGGAAGAAGCUGCUGUCGGAGCUAUCACCAUCCUACCGAAGAGGGCCACCAUCAGCGGCUUCGACUCUUACUUCAUGUCCCGCACCCUAGAGAACAACCGGAGGAACGUGUGGUUCGCCGAGUACUGGGAGGAGAACUUCAACUGCAAACUGAUGAGCUCCUCCAAGAAGGACGACAGCAGCAGGAAAUGCACAGGUCAGGAACGGAUCGGCAUCGACUCCAGGUACGAGCAGGAAGGAAAGGUCCAGUUUGUGAUUGAUGCAGUGUACGCCAUGGCCCACGCUCUGCACAACAUGCAGCGGGACCUUUGUCCCGACAUGUCAGGAAUCUGCCUGGAGAUGGAGCUGGCUGGUGGGAAGAAACUGCUCAAGUACAUCCGCAGCGUCAGCUUCAACGGAAGUGCCGGUACUUCAGUGACAUUCAACAGAAAUGGCGACGCUCCGGGACGCUACGACCUGUUCCAGUACCAGUGGAACAACGUGACGGGAGCAGGAUACAGAGUGAUCGGACAGUGGACAGAGACGCUGCAGCUCAACAUGGAGGACCUGCAGUGGCCUCAGGGAGAGCAGGACAUUCCCAGCUCUGUGUGCAGCCUUCCCUGCAGAGCCGGAGAGAGGAAGAAGGUGGUGAAGGGAAUGCCCUGCUGCUGGCACUGCGAGCCCUGCGACGGGUACCAGUACCAGUCUGAUGAGUUCAGCUGCAAGCUCUGCGCCUACAGCAUGAGGCCCAGCACCAACCGGACCUCCUGCCAGCACAUACCCAUAAUAAAGCUUGAGUGGCACUCCCCCUGGGCAGUGAUUCCAGUGUUCCUGGCCAUGUUGGGGAUCAUCGCCACCAUCUUUGUCAUGGCAACCUUCAUACGCUACAACGACACUCCGAUCGUCCGGGCGUCUGGUCGGGAGCUGAGCUACGUCCUCCUGACUGGAAUAUUUCUGUGUUACAUCAUCACAUUCCUCAUGAUAGCCAAGCCGGAUGUUGGUGUGUGCUCAUUCCGGAGGAUUUUCCUGGGUCUGGGAAUGUGCAUUAGUUACGCCGCCCUGCUCACAAAAACCAACCGCAUCUAUCGGAUCUUUGAGCAGGGCAAGAAGUCGGUGACAGCGCCGAGACUGAUUAGCCCCACCUCUCAGUUGGUCAUCACCUUCAGCCUAAUCUCCGUGCAACUACUGGGGGUGCUGAUCUGGUUCGGAGUGGAUCCACCCAACACCAUCAUAGACUUUGACGAGCAGAGGACCAUUAACCCCGACCUGGCUCGGGGUGUGUUGAAAUGUGACAUCACGGAUCUGCAGAUCAUCUGCUCUUUGGGUUACAGCAUCUUACUGAUGGUUACGUGUACUGUUUAUGCCAUAAAAACCCGUGGGGUCCCGGAGAACUUUAACGAAGCCAAGCCGAUCGGCUUCACCAUGUACACCACCUGCAUCGUGUGGCUGGCCUUCAUUCCCAUCUUCUUUGGCACGGCUCAGUCUGCAGAGAAGCUCUACAUCCAGACCACCACGCUCACCAUCUCCAUGAACCUCAGCGCCUCCGUCGCACUUGGCCUGCUCUACGUGCCCAAAGUCUACAUCAUCAUCUUCCACCCUGAGCUCAACGUGCAGAAGAGGAAACGUUCAUUCAAAGCUGUGGUCACCGCCGCCACCAUGUCGUCCCGGCUCUCCCACAAGGCCAACGACCGGCCCAAUGGAGAGGCCAAGACAGAGCUGUGUGAGAACGUGGAGCCCAACAGUGCAGCAGCAAAAACCAAGUAUGUGAGUUACAACGACGUUGUGAUCUAACCCCAUUCCUCCAUCUGAACGGUCGCUGCAGAGAUGUCUGCUCUCCUGGCCCGAUCAUUUUUAGUCCAGGGGAAAGAGGGUUACAGUUUUUGUUCUCAUGUGUUCCACCAGAGAUGUUCAGGAUCUUCAGCCUGAUGGGAUUUUCCUCUGAGCAUGGACUCACGGGGUGGAGAUGUAAGUGAAAUAUGAUUAUUUUCACGGGAUCAGCUGAGGAUCAAAGCUGAUCCCCUGGAGCUCCAAACUGCUCCCAUUUCUCGAACUGAAAGUUCUCCAACCCACCUGUUGAUCCAUCUGUUGUUCUUUAAGGCUUCCAUUUAGCCAGUUUUUUUCUUUCUGGUGCUGAGAUGAUUCUCAUGCCACUGAUGGUUCUGUUGUUCUUCCUGGAUUAACAUGUUGAUAUUUAGUUUCUUUGUGUUUAUUGAAGUCGUACUUUAAAUGACACCUGCUGCGCUGUGCUCAUGCUGCCACCUGGAGGCUGAAAAUGUGGAUAAAAAUCUGUUAAAGCCAGUAGAGCCAGUGUGUGGGGUUCUGGACUGAGGGGCACCAUGAACACACCACCUACCCUCCAUCUGUCUGCACAUUCCAACCUUCACAGCUUCAUGUAAUUAUUGAUAGUGCAUGUUUAAUUUGCUUUGCAGGGUCAUGCUCAUUCUCUAACUUUGGGAACUACAUGUCCCAGAAAGCUUCGCAGGGUUCUGGGACAACGGUUCAGACAUGUAAGAGGAAGUAGCACCUGGGAUGUAACCUUGGAUCCACCGCCAUAACAGUGCUGGUCUUCAUGUGUGCGUCCAGUCCCAUCCUGUCUGAUUUUCCAGCUUCUGUUUGCAGUGCUUCAUGCUGUUCCUUCCACCAUUCCUGUCUUCGUUUGUGGCUCUUUGUGUUUAUCUGUGACGGAUCACAGAGGUGAUGAUGUCUGUGGGAAUUAUUGUGCCUGUUCUGCAUGUUCAGUCAGUUCUAAUAGAUCUCAGGAGACCAGAAAUUGUUUUCAUUUUGGAGAAACAUGGGUGUUGAAGGGAGACGUUCAUGGUUUGGACUCUCUGAGGUCCUCAGUGUGGAGAUGAAAGCAGGGGUCUGGACUACGCAGCAGGAUUAGUGUCUUAUCAAGAUAACAGCUGGUUAAAUUCUAGGUUUUAUACCAUAAAGCUGCUUCGCUUCUGACUGGAACUAAACAUGUAAAUGCACAUCAUCUGAAAGUGGGCUGGCAAAAUGGUUCUGACCAGUUCAGUGGGUUGAGUUUCAUGCUCUCUUGUUACUACUAGUACUACAUGUUUGCAUGAUCCACUUCAAUUCAUGUUAUUUAUUAUGUCUUUAUAGAAUGGGUAAGAUGUUCUUCUGCAUCUUCUGCCGCUCCGACCAUUCAAAUCACUUUAAUUCAUUCUAAGUCUGCUGCCUCUGAUCACUGCCAUCAUUCACUCCUCCCUCACCACGAGAACUGUUCCAUCUUCUCUCAAAUCAGCUGCAGUAGCACCUAUACUCAAAAAACCUGGUUUGGAUCACAACUUCACUAACUUUCAUCCUAUCUCCAACCUUCCGUUUAUCUCCAAAAUACUGGAAAAAACAGUUUCAUGCCCAUCUCUCACACCAUCCUACCUUGUAUUGGCAUAUCAGACACACCUCUGGACUGGUUUAAAUCUUACCUCAUAAUAAUAAUAAACCUCCUGUUCUAACCACUAGGCAACCACUAGUGGUUACAUCACUUGCUGAUGAUACCCAGCUCCACCUCUCCACCAAACCAUCCCCUUCCUCCCCACCUACUUCUCUGUUUACAAGAAAUCAAAGCAUAGUUUUUACCUAACUAAACAGAAAUUAUCCUCAUUGGGACCAAAUCCAUCCUCCCAAAUCCUUCCAUUUUCACCCUCAAAAUCGAUAACUCUUCUGUCUCUCCAUCCACUCUGGUUAGGAGUCUGGCUGUCAUCUUUGAUGGCACUCCGUCUUUUCAAAGCAAUAUCAGCAACAUCACCCGCUCCACCUACUUCCACCUACGUCUCACAUCUCCUGCUCACCUGACUUUAGCAAUCUCCUUGGUCACAUUAACCCUCUGCAACCUUCUUCACCACCAGAAACAUGAGCUUCUGGGGUGGGGAACAGUGUUCUAGUGUCAACCUUAGAUAAAUUAGGAAGAUCAAAAUCACACAUCUACAUUAUCAGGAAUAGACGACAUGCAGUGACAUCAGCCUCAGAAAUGGAGGUGCUAAUACUGAAUUGUUUCAGAAAGUCACUCAUUGUCUACUGGAGGUCUCCACCUGGUGAGCACAACAAGAACAUGCUUCAUGUGAAAAGAAGUGACGAAUCCAAAGUUUUUAGAUUAAAAUCCCUCGCACUCCAGAUUGCAACUACAUGUCUGACUAAACCUCAGCCCAGGGGAGGUCCAGUCCUCACCAGAAAUUCCUCUUACUUAUUGCCAGAAUAGUGAACCAAGAUAUUAGUGAAGUAUUCUCUACUGGUCAGCACGUGAGUCUGAGGUACCUCCAGGCCAACAAAGCACAUGAUGAGUGGAUGGAAAGCUCCCAGGCACCGUGAUGGUAAAGAGCAGGUUCAGUGGCCAGCAACAGCCAGGUUCUUGAGGACUUCAGUUCCAAUCUCCUCCAUCGUUGGAGUUAUUUAUCUGGAUUGAUGACCUUUACCCCCAAACAUCUCCUUUCCUCUACCGAAGGUGCAGCAGUUUUGUUGAAAUGAUCCUUUAUGUUCUGUAUCCAUUGUCGUCAUAGAUCCUCAUCAGGAACCCUUUGAGAUGUUUCACAUGAUCAUACAUUUGCACUUUCUUCUCCUUCUAUAAAGGUCAGGUCAGUAAAGAAAUUGGUCUUCUUAAGCCAACUUGGUGCAUUGUACAUGAAGUUUCAUGCAUCCAGAUUCAGAAAACCCAGGUUGAUCUAGUAACCAGCUUACAUGGAUUGAACCUUUAGGGUUAGUUAAAGCAGACAGCCAGAAGAUAAGCUGGACCUAUUGAACCUGCUUCCUGGUCCAAACCCCUGACUGUCUCCAAAGCGUUGCUGUUUUCCGGGAAUGAGAUGAUCCAUGAUCUUUUCACAGUAGAGGAAAGUCAGAAACAUUUGUACAUUAGUUGUUUUCAAGGCUGACUCUAACCACCUGAUUACGUAGCAAUCGGUCAGCUGCUUGUUACACAAACAAAACCGUUCAAAGGUUUAACUGCGAUGUUUAUGGUCACAUGAUGGAAGAUUUCCCUUCUAAACAUGUGUUCUCCUUCACCAUGACACCAUCACCAUGAUGAUAAUGUGCUUUUGUAACAGGAGUGUCCUUUAGUCCAGCCAUCCCUGAUUAACCCGGUGAUUCCAUGGACUGCUGCUGAGAUUAUCAAUGCAUGCCUGAUAUGUUCGAUGUUGAAACUGAAUCAGAAAAAGUAGAAAAUACUGAAAUUGUCACAGCACAGCUGAAUCCACAUGUCUGCUCUGAAAUGUAAUGUUCUUUUCUUCGGUUCCUGUUCCUUUACUGAUGGUUCCUCUGAUCCUUUUUGCAGAGUAUGGCUUUGAUUGUUUUUUUAUUUUCCUGGAGAAACUCUGGGAACCAGAAAACUUGAGUAUAUAUAUUUAAAAAAGGAAGCAUGUAUGUUUUCUACUGUUUGUACUUGGUAUUUUCCUGUUACCCUUGCUGCUUCUGUGCCAAUGUUGUGGGAGAGAUUUCCAUUUGCCCACUCAUGCAACUAUUCUGUGGUGUUGUCUAAGAAUGUAUUAAUGAAAUAAAAACAUUUGUUAUUUUUUUUA